GCUGAUAUGGCGAUAGGAACGGAUCAUGUGCACCUCGCACCUCCAAGAGUCUAGGUCAGCAAUCCAUCGACAUCACUGCCGAGCGUCUAGUCAUGUCAUACUCCGCUAUCUCGAUACUUAACGCUUUCAACAUUCGAGCGAGAACGGUGGAAUCGAGAUAGCUGGCCCGACCUGGCGGCACAAACAAACUUCAACGCAAGUCUAAGCUAUCUGGAAACAUGUCUUCGACCAAGCUCUUUGUGAACGGCCGGAUCUUUACCAGUCGACCAGGAGAUGAAGCGUUGCAUCAGGCUAUGCUGGUGGAGGGCGACAAGGUGACGUGUGUAGGCACGAAUGAGCAUGUGAUCCAGAAGGCCUCUCAGGCAGGUUCAUCAACCGAAAAGAUUGACCUGAACGGUUCGGUCGUUCUACCCGGGAUCGUGGACGGUCAUACACACUUGGUCAUGCUAGGAGCCGCUCUCAACCGGAUCAAUACCAUCGGCCUGUCCAUCGGACAGAUCCAAACAGCGCUAUCAGAUGCUCGCAAAGCAGAACCCGACGUCAAGAUGCUACUGGGUCGUAGCUUUCUAUUUGAUGCGUUAGGGAAACCGGCUCACCGUAAACACCUGGACGAGGUUGUCAGGGACAUUCCUGUCUUUAUCGAUUCGGCGGAUCUACAUUCCUGCUGGCUGAAUACAGCCGCACUGAACGUGCUCGGCAUUACGAAAGAUACGCCCGAUCCGAAGGGAGGAUCGUUCGAGAAGGAUACCGAUGGAGAGUUGACCGGUCUAUUCCUGGAGACCGCUGUGGUGGACCACGUCUGGCCGUACCUCGCAGCCCAGUUGACGGCCGAGAAGCGUCUACAAUACCUUGACGACGUCUUCAAGAGUUACCUGGCUACGGGAGUGACCGGUGCCACGGAGAUGGCGCUUGAAGGGCUCGAUCUGGCUGCUCUGGAGACGAUCUACAACCGGAACGGUGGGAAAUUGCCGAUCCGGAUAUCGUGCCAUUGGAUAGUCAGCCCUAACGGAAGUGCGGAAGACCGAGCUGAAAGGGUCAUGGAGGCCGUCAAGCACAAGGAGAGGCUGGCCUCGUAUGCCCCCUGGCUUCGGAUAGCGGGGAUCAAGAUCAUCGCCGACGGGGUUGUGGAUUCGUGCACCGCCUACUGCUCCAAGGCAUACCACGAUGGGACGUUUGCGAAACCCAUCUGGCCUCGAGAAGAACUGCUCGAGACUGUCGCACUUGCCGACAAACAUGGACUGCAGGUGGCCGUUCAUGCCAUUGGAGAUGCUGCGAUCGACAUGGCGCUCGAUGCGUUCGAAAAUGCCAUCAACAUCAACGGGGAGAGGCCAAAGGGUGCGAGGCUGCAUCGGAUCGAACAUCUCGAAGUCGUGACAAGGGAAUCGAUCAUCAGGCUAGCAAAGCUGGGCGUGGUCGCGUCUCUACAACCGGUGCAUGCAGAUCCCAUCUACGUGCCCAACUGGAGGAAAAUGCUAAACGAGGACGAGCGCUGCGAUCGCGCCUUCCCUUGGUCCGAGUAUGUCGAGGCAGACGCUCUGAUGGCUUUUGGCUCGGACGCACCGACAGCACCGCAUCAUUGUUUCCCCAACAUCUACACUGCUACCACAAGACAAUCCGGUCUCGACGCUUCUCACCCACCUUCAACGGACGAACGAAUAAAGUCCCUCUCGCGGUUUUGCGUCGGGUUGGAAAAGGCGAUCCAAAACUACACGCUCGGAUCUGCAUACAGCUGUCAAUCCAGCGACUACUGUGGAAGUCUGGAGCCGGGCAAGUCGGCAGACUUUUGCAUACUAGAGAUCGAUCCUUUCAAGAACGGAUUGGAAACGCUGCGAGAAGCUCAGGAGGGGGUUCGGGAGACCUGGAUUUGCGGAGAAAGGGUCUGGAGCAAGGUGUAACGGAAUGAUCUGAGUUGUAAUAGCUCCUAGUUGAGCGAGCGUCUAAGUCUCGGACAAGCAGUCGGAUGUCACGACUUGCGACUCGACAAUCUAUCCGGGGGUGGUCGAGGACAUCAUCAGGGACUCGCGGACAUUGAAUUUGAUAUCAGAAUGU